AUGAUGGGAGAAGGUGAUGGCGUGCUUGAGCACAUCAACAGACUCAAGACUCUGGCGGAGCAGCUCGACGCAGUUGAUGCUCCUGUCAGAGAGGAAGACUUGAUCAUCACGUUUCUAGCCAGUGUAACGGGGUGA